AUGGGUGUCUACUUCAACCUCUGUUCCUCCGUCUGCCCUCGAUCCCUCUCUGGGGGGCGCCUGACGGCCCAGGCUGGGUCGUGGGGACCUCAGUUCUGUCUCUGCCCCUGUCUCCCUCUCCCAGACCUUGAGCAGAGGAUUCUGGAGGUGUUGAGGGAUGCUGGCUCCCCUGUGAAGACCACCCAACUGUUAAAGAAAUUGCGAGUGCCCAAGAAGAAGCUCAACCAGCUCCUCCACAAGAUGAAGCAGGAGUCGAAAGGAGUCAUGCUCGCAGGCCCUGCGAUGUGGUGCUUGGGCGACAGCGGGACCAAAGAAAUGGUUCCCACAGAGCGGGUGGAGAGGCCCCAGCAAGAUGCAGUUGCAGUUCCAAAGAAGCCGGGCCCAGAGCUCAGUGAACAGCAGAAAGAGAUCUACCAGUUUCUGGAAGCCCAUGGGCCCCAUAAAGCCCUGAUGAUCGCCAAGGCCCUGGGGAUGAAGACAGCAAAGGAAGUCAACCCAGACUUGUAUGCAAUGAGGGACAAGCACCUCCUGGACUUUGACCAGAAAUCAAACUCUUGGACAAUUUAUCAAUCAGAAGGUUCUAGAAAUCAGUCCACCCCAGUUAUUUACCAGCAAAAUCCAAUCAACAUGAUCUGUCAGAAGGGACCAAACAGCCACAUUUCCAUCCAGAACUGUGAAGAUAUCCAGAUUGGACACGGGAAUCUCCUAGUGAGACAAAUGGGAUCUGGGGAAAACGGCUCCACAGCUCCCUGCUACCUCCCUCCAAUGGCUUCUGCUGAUCCCUCAACUCUGGAUUCCCUGGCUGGAUCCAGGGGGCCCCAGGACAUCCGGAUGGAGAAGUCUGUGCUCAGGCGAGUUCAGAUGGGACAUGGCAAUGAGAUGCGACUUCACAGCAACCCAGCCAAGAUCUCUGCCUGCGGCGCCUUUGACAGCCCCACAGCCUCUGUCCUGGGUACCAGCCCAGAAGCUUCCAUCGAAAUUCAAAUCCCUGAACCAGGACCUCAGUCCGAAGGGGUCACGUCCCAGAGAGUCCACAUUCGCUCCUGCUUCCUCGAGGACACCACCGUCGGCAACAGCAACAGGAUGACGGUCCACCCGGGGGCAGCUGAUGUCAAGGGAGUCCAAAAGCCUAGGGAAACAGGAGGGGAUGCAGAGCCUCCCCACCGAGAUGCACCAUCCAGAAGCGAGGUCCCUCCUGUUGGCAGUCGGGCCGACCCCGUCAGCGCUGAGACGCUCAUCUCAGAAAACCUGGCAGCUACGACCCUUGAGAGGCAUGACUCCGAAAACACAGAAGACACCUGCUGA